AGGCCAGGGAGCGGAGGGCCAAUCAGCGUGCGAGCGGCGAAGGGGCGGAGCCUUCGCGCAAGAUGCAAUGCGCUGCGCGACUGCGCUGCGAGAUCCGGAGCGGAGCCUGAGACCAGGUCGAAGCUGGAUUGAAAAUUAGCCAAAUCCAGAGAUUUGUGGACUGUAAAGGUGUUCCUCUCCCACCAGCAAGCUUCACCAUGAUUCAUAGUCUUUUCUUGAUCAACUCCUCUGGAGAUAUUUUCCUGGAGAAACACUGGAAAAGUGUAGUCAGCCGUUCUGUUUGUGAUUACUUCUUUGAGGCCCAAGAGAGGGCCACUGAGGCAGAAAAUGUGCCUCCUGUUAUCCCCACUCCGCACCACUACCUCUUGAGCGUUUACCGACACAAGAUCUUUUUUGUGGCUGUGAUUCAGACAGAGGUCCCGCCUCUGUUUGUCAUUGAAUUCCUUCACCGAGUAGUGGACACGUUUCAGGACUAUUUUGGAGUUUGUUCAGAGCCAGUGAUCAAAGACAAUGUGGUUGUGGUCUAUGAGGUAUUGGAGGAGAUGCUGGACAACGGGUUUCCCUUGGCUACUGAGUCAAACAUCCUCAAAGAACUGAUAAAGCCCCCCACCAUUCUCCGGACAGUGGUCAACACCAUCACAGGAAGCACCAAUGUGGGGGACCAGCUUCCAACGGGGCAGCUGUCAGUGGUGCCUUGGCGACGGACUGGAGUGAAGUAUACCAACAAUGAGGCCUAUUUUGAUGUGGUUGAAGAGAUAGACGCCAUCAUCGACAAGUCAGGUUCCACAGUCACCGCAGAGAUCCAGGGGGUGAUUGACGCCUGUGUUAAGCUGACAGGGAUGCCAGACCUCACUCUAUCCUUCAUGAACCCCAGGUUGCUGGACGAUGUUAGCUUCCAUCCCUGUGUCCGUUUCAAGCGCUGGGAAUCUGAGCGCAUCCUCUCCUUCAUCCCUCCCGAUGGCAGCUUCCGCCUGCUUUCCUACCACGUCAGUGCUCAGAACCUAGUUGCAAUUCCGGUCUAUGUCAAACAUAGCAUCAGCUUCCGGGACAGUAGUUCACUUGGACGCUUUGAAAUCACAGUGGGACCCAAGCAGACUAUGGGGAAGACAAUAGAGGGUGUGAUUGUCACCAGCCAGAUGCCCAAAGGAGUCCUGAAUAUGAGCCUCACUCCAUCCCAGGGGACACACACGUUUGACCCUGUGACAAAGAUGCUGUCUUGGGAUGUAGGAAAAAUAAACCCACAAAAGCUACCAAGUUUGAAGGGGACAAUGAGUCUUCAGGUUGGAGCUUCUAAACCAGAUGAGAACCCCACAAUUAACCUACAGUUUAAGAUCCAGCAGCUGGCCAUUUCUGGACUCAAAGUGAACCGCCUGGAUAUGUACGGAGAGAAGUACAAGCCUUUUAAGGGCAUAAAAUACAUGACCAAAGCUGGCAAGUUCCAAGUUCGAACCUGAAGGCCCUGUGUUACUGGAGCAGUCACAAACACUUUUUCAUUUCUUACUUGUCUAAAAGUAAAAUGUCAGCCUGUUUCUUAGGUCAGUUCCCUCCAGGCUCCAUCUGCUCCCUUUUGUCUUCACUCUGCAGUGCCAUGUAACUGAUCAAGGGAGAAAAGGUUCAUCAGGGGAAAGGUGGCCAAACCCAGCACGGCACUGAUUGAGUUCUAGAGAAGUGUAUGGUGGAGAGCAGUGAUAGUGUAUUUCACUACUUUUAACAUGGUUGCCACAGGGAAAAAAAAAAAAAAAAAAAGACCAGCCUUUGCUGUCUGUUUAAUGAUCUAAAUCCAAUCGAAGAUGUCUCUAUUGAAUUUUUUUAAGAUAGAAAGAUUUGAAAGAUAAAAGAAAAAAAAGGAAGAAAAAUAAGUGUGAAUCCAAGAAAGACCAGUUGCUGAUUUAAUAUGUGGGUCUGGGUUGUGACUCAGUGGCGGAGUGCUGGGGUAGGUUGUCUGCAAGACCUGGCUCAUGCCUAACACCACCGGCAAUGCAAAACAUAUCUGCUCUUUGAGGGACAAGACAGAGAGGCUGGUGUGAAGAGAGUUGUGAUGAGAGAUGCUACAGUGAAGGAUUGGCCAGGAACUUGAGCAGUGCACGUUUCCACAGGGGCUACAAGGAGCAGAGUGGAGUGGUUUCUUUCUGACCCUUCUCAUGUAUAGAAAGAAUUUGCAUGUCUAGGACUUUCAGAGCUCAAGACCAUCCUUGAUGUGAACUUGCAAUGGAAUCGGUUCCCCUUGGAGACUGGAGUGCUAUGUCCUGGCUUUUAGCACUUGGACUUGCUAUUUGUGCUGGCCCAUCAUCUUGGUGGGAAGGUGAUCUGCCAGAGCAGGCUACAGUCUUUUGCUGUUUAUCUGACUCCUCCCAAAACAGUGUUUGGUGCAGCCAGAUUUUAUGAAUUAUGGUAGUGGACUUGAGAUGGGAACUCAUGUCCCACAGAAGUGGACCAUGCCUAUACAUGGUGACCUCCAUUAGUGUUUGUCAGGCUGGACUGGCCCUGAGCCUUGCCCUUCCUGUCUGAAGGUUUCUAUCAGAAGUCCCGAGUGGGCACAGGCACACCAAGGACAUGAGUACCCGGAGCUCAUUCCCACCGUCUGUCCACUGUCAUCUACCUAUUGACAACAGACAGCUCCCAAACCACUUUUAAGUCAAAAAGGUGUCUUGAACCUUUGAAUAAAAUCAAAUGCCAUAGGAGGGCAGGCUGUAUUAGCUCGAGUAGCCAACCAGUUUAAACUAUGGCAGCUGAAGGAGCUUGACUUUCCUAAAGAGUAUUUCUUACUCUGUUCCAGUGUGUCCAUUACUCAUUUUAAUAUCCUCAUAGAUGGUGGGGUUCAUUGUUUCUAACUUACAGCCUAGCGAGCAUAUUGUGCUCUGUGUUGUGCGUGGAGGGACGGAAGACCUGUUUCCUUCAGUCCGCACAACUCUCCCCUAUAGUCCUAUUUGUAAGUACUUGUGCUUUAUUUAUUUUUUAUUUUUGUUUUCUGCCUAGUUUUCUCUUGCUGACCAGUACUUAUUUUUGCUGCCAAGUGGAGUUUCCUUGUGGUUUUCUUGUGGGAUGAACUGUGCUGUGUACAAUCAGCUGAUUCUUACUGCUCUACUCCAGAAUCUGGACUUGUGUAGCUCCGCACACCCAGCGUGGAGGGAGACACUCUGCAGGUGGCUUUCAGGAUGCAAAGUCACUUCCACAGGCUCCGAAGGAUUCUGAGAUUUCUUGAGAUACAGGAAACUAUGAAUAUGUUUAGGUUCAUAAGUGUGGUUCCUUUAUUCCAUCUAGCACUGUAUAGCUUGUCUUCCUAGAAAGAGACAGUGUUGGAAUAUGGGACCUGCAGGCCUCGAAAUCAUGGAUAUAGCCAGGUCUGACUGUCCCCACCCAGUGACUGUCAGUUAGUAGGGGUGUAGUUCAGGGUGUCUCAGUAGCUCCUCACUCUUGUGUGGUCCAUGUGCGGAAGUAGAAUUUCUGUUUAAGUCUUAAUAAAGCUUUACCAGUC